AUGUUUCCAGAGGAGACACAAACAGCAGCAGACAGUGCUGGUGCUGCUGCUGCUGCUGCUUCAGAUGCAACCUUAGGGGCAGGGAAUCGAAGCACCAGCAGCAGCAACCCGAUAAUAUCGGAUGUAAUUGAACUGCAGCAAGAAGAGGAGCAGCAGCAGCAGGAGCUGCUGCUGCAGCAGGAGCAGAAGAUCCAGUUUAUAUCUUCUUUAAAGAGAGCUCUAGGUUUCUUUGUGCUGCUGCUGCUGGUGCUUAUAGCUCUGCAUGAGUUUGUUGUUCUGCCUAAAGUUAUGCAGCUGCAGCACGAGCUAAAGGACGAAACGUAUCAAUUAUCAGACGAUGAAGCUUAUGAUAAAGUGCUAGAGACAGAUUCUGCUGUCUUUGCUGCAUCAGUCUUCGCUGGUUUGUUUAUCUGGAUAGCGCUUAUUAACUUCGCUAGAGUCCUAGCUGGUGGUCUCCUGCUGCCUCUUCUUCGCAAUAAAUCUAAACGCCGGCAGCAGCAGCAGCAGCAGCAGCUGCAGCAGCAGCUGUUAUUGGGGAUGGAGGGAGAGAUGCAGCAAAAGCAGCAGCAGGGAGAGCAGCAGGGAGAGCAACAGGUAGAUCCUGCUGCUGCUCCUGCUGCUGCUCCUGCUUCUCCUCCUGCUUCUUAA